AUGUCUCUAGAAGAUGUAGGAAGCACUACAAGCCUUGGGGCUGAAAGCUGCGCUUCAGACCACUGCAAUGGCCUCUCUCUGAGCCAAGGUCAGGACCUGGAUCUGGACAACCAGAGCCAAAGCCAGGAUGGGAUAGUUCUGGAGCGUAUUGCCUCGCUGUCAUUGGACAUGUUUGACCCCAGUGACUUCACGGGGAGGUUCACAAAGAUCCAGUCUAGGUCCAGAAAGAGGACAAGGAUCCUUGGAGCCUCUCCAGUGGGACUGAAGCCCCCCCUCCCGCCAGUCAGUGGAACCUUGGGAGAGAGGAAAGGUCCUGUCGUCAUGGCGCCAGUCAAUGUGGACCCUGAGAGCAAGCCGGGCGAGUUUGUCCUUAAAAGCUUGUUUGCCAACUUCACCUUGCUCUCUGAACGCAAGAUUCGCAUCAUCAUGGCCGAACCGCUGGAGAAGCCACUUAACAAAUCUCUGCAGAGAGGAGAGGACCCACAGUUCGACCAGUUGAUCAGCAGUAUGAGUUCUCUAGCAGAGUACUGCCUGCCGUCUAUCCUGAGGACUCUGUUUGACUGGUACAAGAGGCAGAACGGCCUGGAAGACGAGUCCCAUGAAUAUCGACCCAGGGCCAACACAAAGUCAAAAAAUGAUGAGCAACAGAAGGACUACUUAUUGGAGCGGAGAGAUCUGGCAAUAGACUUCAUCUUUUCUCUAGUGCUUAUAGAAGUUUUGAAGCAGAUCCCCCUCCAUCCUCUUUUGGAUGGACUCAUCCAAGAAGUUAUAAACCUGGCCUUCAAGCACUUCAAAUACAAAGAAGGGUAUCUGGGACCCAACACAGGCAACAUGCACAUAGUGGCUGACCUUUAUGCUGAAGUAGUGGGAGUUGUAGCUCAGUCCAGGUUCCCAGCAGUGAGGAAGAAGUUCAUCUCAGAGCUGAAGGAGCUGAGACAGAAAGAGCAGAGCCCCUACGUCAUCCAGUCGACCAUCAGCCUCAUCAUGGGACUCAAGUUCUUCCGCAUCAAAAUGUACCCGGUGGAAGAUUUCGAAGCCUCCUUCCAGUUCAUGCAGGAAUGUGCGCAGUAUUUCUUGGAAGUGAAGGAUAAAGACAUUAAACACUCAUUAGCCGGACUCUUUGUGGAGAUACUUGUACCUGUAGCUGCUACUGUGAAGAACGAGGUGAAUGUGCCGUGUCUCCGAAAUUUCGUAGAAAGUUUGUACGAUACCACACUGGACCUGUCCUCUAGGAAGAAACACUCUCUGGCUCUGUAUCCUCUGGUGACCUGUCUGCUGUGUGUCAGCCAGAAGCAGUUCUUCCUCAGCCGCUGGCACAUUUUCCUCAACAACUGCCUCUCAAACCUGAAGAAUAAAGAUCCCAAGAUGGCUCGUGUGGCUCUGGAAUCACUCUACCGCCUGCUGUGGGUCUACAUGAUCCGAAUAAAGUGCGAGAGCAACACUGGAACACAGAGUCGUCUGACGUCCAUCACCUCCACCCUGUUUCCCAAAGGGAGUCGGAGCGUUGUGCCAAGAGACAUGCCCCUUAAUAUUUUUGUCAAGAUUAUCCAGUUUAUUGCACAGGAGAGACUGGAUUUCGCCAUGAAGGAGAUCAUAUUUGACCUGCUGAGUGUCGGGAAGCCUGCCAAAGCCUUCAGUCUCAACCCAGAGCGUAUGAACAUAGGUCUCCGGGCGUUCCUGGUCAUAGCAGAUGCUCUGCAACAGAAGGACGGAGAGCCUCCUAUGCCCAACACAGGAGCUACUCUGCCCUCUGGAAACUCUCUGAAGAAGAAGAAGACUUAUCUCAGCAAAACACUGACUGAAGAAGAAGCCAAACUGAUAGGCAUGUCCUUGUAUUACUCCCAGGUGCGAAAGGCUCUGGACAACAUCCUGAGACACUUGGACAAGGAGGUGGGACGUUGUAUGAUGCUCACCAGCGUCCAGAUGCUCAACAAAGAACCAGAGGACAUGAUCACUGGUGAAAGGAAGCCUAAAAUCGACCUGUUCAGGACAUGUGUGGCUGCCAUUCCUCGUAUCCUUCCUGAUGCCAUGUCCAAACCUGAGCUCAUUGACCUGCUGUCACGACUUACGGUGCACAUGGACGAUGAGCUUCGUCUCAUUUCCCAGAACUCCCUGCAGAGCCUGUUACUUGAUUUCUCAGACUGGAGGGAAGACGUCCUGUUUGGUUACACACAUUUCCUUUUACGCGAGGUUCAAGACACCCAUCAGGGUCUGCAGGACGCAUCUGUGAAGCUUCUUCUCCAGCUGCUCACACAGUGGAGGUUAGCGCUGCAGCUACAGGGGAAGAUGCGAGGUGGAGUUGAGUCUAGCCCCAGACUUCCAGAGCGAAGCCCUCACUGCUCGGUGCUUCAUGCGGUGGAGGGCCUGGCUCUGCUGCUCCUCUGCUCGUGUCAGAUCAGCACGAGGAAGCUGGCGGUCGGUGUGUUGAGAGAGAUUCGCUGCCUCUUCACAGCUCUGGGACAUGCUGAGGAUGAUGACAAACCCAUGAUAGAGGUCAUGGACCAGCUGAGCCCAGCUGUAAUGGACAGCUUUGUCCAUGUGGCUGUCUCUGACUCAUCCACGCUGCCUCUCAACCACCAUGUUGACCUCCAGUGGCUGGUGGAGUGGACGGCUCGACUGGUGAGCAGUUCCUACGAUGUGAAGAGCCCAAGCCAUGUCUGGAUCUUUGCCCAGUGUCUAAAGGACCCGUGGGUGCUCUGUCUGCACAUCUUCUUGCGGCAAGAGCACCUGCCUAAACACUGCCCCAUCGCCCUGGGAUACGCCUGGCCCUACGCUUUCACACGGCUACAGCUGCUACUGCCACUGGUUGACCCCAACAGUCCAGUGAAUGCUAAGAAGACCAGCACUGCAGGAUCCAGUGACAACUACAUCUCUCUGUGGCGCAACUAUCUGAUCCUGUGUCUAGGUGUGGCUAAGCCGAGCAUCAUGUCCCCGGGUCACCUCAGAGCCUCCACACCAGAGAUCACGGCCACCACGCCCGAUGGCAGCGUCACCUACGAUAACAAGGUGAUAGGCACUCCCUCAGUUGCCUGGCUUUUAAAACAGCUUGUCCCACUGAUGAGAGCUGAGAGUCUGGAGAUCACCGAGUCUCUGGUGCUGGGGUUCGGAUGCACAAACGCUCUGGUCUUCAGGGAGCUGGUCGAAGAACUCCAUCCACUGAUGAAGGAGGCACUGGAACGAAGGCCUGAGAACAAGAAGCGCAGAGAGAGGAGGGAUCUUCUCAGGCUGCAGCUACUGAGGAUCUUCGAACUGCUGGCUAAUGCAGGAGUCAUCAGUGACAGCACCAAUGGAGCGCUGGAGCGUGAUUCCCUGGCACUGGGUGCCCUGUUCCUCGAGUAUGUGGAUUUAACCCGGAUGCUUCUGGAAGCUGAGAAUGAGAAGGAGCUCGAUGUGCUGAAAGACAUCAGAGCCCAUUUCAGUGGGAUGGUGGCGAAUCUCAUUCAGUGUGUUCCUGUCCACCACCGGCGCUUCCUCUUCCCUCAACAGUCUCUGAGGCACCAUCUCUUCAUCCUCUUCAGCCAGUGGGCUGGACCCUUCAGUGUCAUGUUCACACCCCUUGAUCGAUACAGUGACCGCAACCACCAGAUCACUCGCUACCAGUACUGUGCUCUCAAGGCCAUGUCAGCAGUUCUGUGUUGUGGGCCAGUGUUUGAUAAUGUGGGUCUCUCCACUGAUGGCUAUCUCUACAAAUGGCUUGACAACAUCUUGGCGUGCCACGAUAUACGGGUGCAUCGUCUGGGGUGUGAGGUGGUCAUCCUGCUCUUAGAGCUGAACCCAGACCAAAUCAAUCUAUUCAACUGGGCCGUGGACCGCUGCUUCACUGGAUCUUACCAGCUGGCAUCUGGCUGCUUCAAGGCCAUCGCCACGGUCUGUGGCAACAGGAAUUACCCAUGUGACCUUGUGACCUUGCUCAAUCUGGUGUUGUUCAAGGCCUCAGACACCAGCAGGGAAAUAUAUGAGAUCUCCAUGCAGCUGAUGCAGGUGCUGGAGUCUAAGCUGUGUGCGUACUCGAAGCGGAUGGUGGAGCAGAAGCCUGGUAAUAUUUUGUAUGGAACACACGGCCCCCUGCCUCCUCUUUACAGCGUCAACCUGUCUCAGCUCUCCAUCCAGCUGGCCAGCAUGUACCCAGAGCUCACGCUGCCUCUUUUCUCAGAGGUGAGCCAGCGUUUCCCAACUACCCACCCAAACGGCAGACAGAUCAUGCUAUCCUACCUGCUACCCUGGCUCAGUAACAUUGAGCUCGUGGACACGGGGCUCCUACCCCCCGCCUCAAGCCCCUGCACACCAGAGGAAGAACCUCACGGUCAGGGGCAGCCCAUGGGUCUGUCCCCCAGUCUGAGAGGCAACGGCUGGGGCUCCCUCCAGGCGACCUCAUUGGUGCUAAAUAACCUCAUGUUUAUGACUGCUAAGUAUGGAGACGAGGUUCCUGGCCCAGAGAUUGAGAAUGCCUGGAACGCUCUGGUGUCCAACGAGAGGUGGAGCAACAACUUACGGAUCACCCUGCAGUUCCUUAUCAGCCUGUGUGGAGUCAGCAGCGAUACCACACUGUUGCCUUAUAUCAAGAAGGUGGUGAUCUACCUGUGUCGCAACAACACCAUCCAGACGAUGGAGGAGCUCCUGUUUGAGCUGCAGCAGACUGACCCGGUCAACCCUGUGGUCCUGCACUGUGACAACCCUCCCUUCUACCGCUUUGCUGCCAGCAACAAAGCCUCCACGUCACAGACGGGCACCACCUCCAGCAGUAACACUGUGGUGGCUGGUCAGGAGAACCUGGUGGACACAGAUGAGAACAAGCUGGUCAGAGAGAGUGAAGAGCGCAUGGCCAGGGCUCACAACAGACUGGAGUCUCGCUACAGCAAUAGCUCCGGAGGCUCUUAUGAGGAUGAAAAGACUGACCCUCUCCCGCCAUAUGCCGGCUGGCUACUGGGUGUUCUGGAGACCAACCACCCUCAGCCGUUACCCAUGCCUGUUAACGGAGGCUGCUGGGCUCCUCUGGUUGACUACCUCCCAGAAACCAUCACACCCAGAGGACCACUGCAUAGGUGUAACAUUGCAGUGAUCUUCAUGACUGAAAUGGUGGUGGACCACAGCGUGAGAGAAGACUGGGCUUUGCACCUGCCCCUGCUACUGCAUGCCCUCUUCUUGGGUCUGGACCACUACAGACCAGAGGUCUAUGAACACAGCAAACGUCUCCUUCUCCACCUCCUCAUUGCCCUCUCCUGCAACAACAACUUCCAGGUAAUAGCCUCAGUUCUGAUGCUGACGAGAGAGAUCAGUGACAACAAGACCCUCACCAUUAAGUCCAGCUAUCACACAGAGUACCAGCAGUCACAUGCACCUGACUUCCUGCGAGAGUGGCAGGCAUCUCCAGUGGCUGAUUCUGGCCUCAGCUCCACAUCCAACUCCUCCUCUGCCAGUCUGGGUGGUGGCAGCACUGCAGGCAGUGUUGGAAAUUUGCCCCUCGUGACACCUGAUGACCUGGAGGACCUUGAGGAUACGCCCAAUGAAACCGACGAGAAGACAAACAAACUCAUCGAGUUCCUCUCCACCAGUGCCUGGAGUACUGUGUUGUCGUUGCUCAGAGCGUUUGGACCGCUGUGGGUGCACGAGGACAUCACACCAAAGAACCCCAACUCCAAGAGCACGGAGCAGCUGACAAACUUCCUACGCCACGUUGUCUCUGUCUUCAAGGAGUCAAAGUCAGACUUCCACCUGGAGCAACAGCUGAGCGACGUGGCCUUACAGACGGCUCUGUGCAGCUCCUCACGACACUACGCCGGGCGCUCUUUCCAGAUCUUUAGAGCGCUCAAACAGCCGAUCAACAACCACGCUGUCUCUGACCUGGUCUCCCGCCUUGUUGAGGUGGUGGGAGAACACGGAGACGAGGUGCAGGGUUACGUGAUGGAGGUGCUGUUGACGCUGGAGUCAGUGGUGGUGAAUCUAGCAGAGUGCCUGAAAAACAGCGACCUUAUGGCAGCUCUAACCAGAACGUCCUCACCAGACUUUGUGACUAGUGACAAACUGAUGAACAGAAAGAGCACAGGUCAGCUGAACUUCCCUGGCCCAGGAUUUGCUGGUCUGUCCUCACAGCGCCACCAACGCUCCUACUCAGUCCCUAAGAAGUUUGGCGAGUGCGGCCACCAUGCAAAUGAUCCUCCUCGCAGUGCAACUCUGGAUCGCAUACAGGCCUGCAACAGUCACGGCCUCGCCCGAUCAGGGAGAAAUUCUGGGUCCUGCACGUCAUCAACCAAUCGUAUUGAUCCCAGUGUUCUAUCGGAUCCUGCCCAUGUUUCCCAUCCAUCAACAAUACUGGCCACAGUCUUCUGGGUGGCCGUGUCGCUCAUGGAGUCAGACUUUGAGUUUGAAUAUCAGAUGUCACUUCGCCUCGUUCACAAGUUGCUGUCAAAGGUGCCGUUAGACAGAGCAGAGAACCGCGAACGCCUCGAGAAGCUGCAGGCUCAGCUGAGGUGGAGCGGGUUCUCUGGGAUUCAGCAGCUUUUGUUGAAGGGUUUUACCUCCCAGGCCACAUCUGACCUGACCUUACAGCUCUUCUGCCAGCUUACACCAGUAUCUCGCGUGCCUGUCGUUGACAGCUCACAGUCUAUAGGUUUCCCUCUGAAUGUGCUCUGUCUGCUGCCUCACCUGGUGCAGCACUUUGGCCAUCCAACUCAGUUUUGUAAGGAGAGCGCUGAGAGGAUCGCACAGGUGUGUUUGGUGGAGAAGAACACAAAACUGUCCCAUCUGGCCCAUGUGAUGACUCUCUAUAAGACACGCUCCUACACACGAGACCCUUUCUCCUGGGUCAGUGUGGUUUGCCGCUACCUCCAUGAAGCUUUCUCUGACAUCACACUCAACAUGGUGACCUAUAUGGCAGAGCUGCUGGAUAAGGGCCUUCCCAGUAUGCAGCAGUCUCUGCUCCAGAUCAUCUACUGUCUGCUCAGCCACAUGGACCUGACUGCUGUACAAGUCAAACAGUUUAACGCUGAUGUCACAAAGACCAUUGAGAAGUUUGUCCAGACGAUACACUGGAAGGACGCCUUAAACAUCUUGAAGCUGGUGGUAUCGCGCUCCGCCAGCCUAGUUCAUCCGGUGUAUGGCCACUCGCAAGGUGACCUUUCCAACCUGGAGGUCAGCAGGGUGUGGGACGGUUCAUCCAAAGCUCUGCCUGGAAAAACACUGGACUUCACCUUUGACAUCUCCGAGACGCCAGUGAUUGGGCGUCGGUUAGACGAGCUUCAGGGUUCAGGGGGCAGAGAGGGGAAGGCCAGAGCCAUGGCUGUAACCCGCAGUACUUCCUCCACCUCGUCUGGAUCCAACUCCAACACCAUCCUGGUGCCCGUCAGCUGGAGGCGACCACAAUCCUCACAGAAAAGAACCAGAGAGAAGCUAGUAAAUGUGUUGUCUCUUUGCGGACAAGAAGUUGGACUCACCAAGAACCCAUCUGUGAUCUUCUCAUCAUGUGGUGACCUGGACAUGAUGGAGGUGCGGGAAAGUGGGGUGUCAUCAGAGGAGGGUGGAACCAGAGAGGACACGCUUGACGACACAGCCAGCGAGCAGCAGUUCAGAGUUUUCCGAGACUUUGACUUCCUGGAUGUGGAGCUGGAGGACGGAGAGGAGCUCCAGGGCGAGACUGUCGAUAACUUUAACUGGGGCGUCCGUCGACGCUCUCUGGACAGCACCGAGCUGGGUGACCUGUUGGAGGAGAGCCAGCACUCAGGCAGCACCCCCAGCUUAGGUCACGAGGACCCCCACGACUCAGACGAGUCCUCAGAGGAAGAGGAGUCUUCAACUAGCCAGAGCCUCUCUCACUCUCAACUUACUAACCCUUCUCCAUCGGAGGAAACCAAUCACACUGAUUCUCUAUCUACUUCUUAUGACACGUCUGCCGACCCACAGUCUCUCAAUGCCAUCACGCCGAGCCAGGGAGUGCUCCAUGAUGAUCACAGUGGCCUACAUGGGAGGGUGUGUGUGGAGGAUGAGGACACUCAAGCCCAGGAUGACGAACUAUCGCUGAGCGCCAACGAGGUCCCACAAGGCUCAGACUGCGGCGAGAGCUUCACCCUGGAGUUGCCGGGGCAACCUCUGGAUCACCCACCCAAUCUGGACCACAGCCUCAACGCAGACUACUGCCAACCACCGCUGGACUUUCUAGACCCCAACUGUCUGCCCAGCUUGCGUGAUGAUGUAGAUGACUUGGAAGACCUUGGUUUUCCUCCUCCCCCUUCUCCAUUUUUCUCCGCCAUCUUGGCAGCCUUCCAACCUGCAGUGUGUGACGACGCUGAGGAGGCAUGGCGAUGUCACAUCAACCAGCUGGUGACCGACUCAGAUGGGUCCUGCGCCGUCCAUACCUUUCAAGUGUUCUCGUCUCUCUUUAAGAACAUUCAGGGUAAAUUCUGCAUCCUGACGACUGAUGUCGCCACUUACCUCGGCGAGGGCUUAAGGGGCAUCGGAUCAAAGUUCCUCAGGUCCUCACAGAUGCUAACCACAUGCUCUGAUUGUCCCACAAUCUACAUCGAUGCAGACACUAUCAUGUCCUAUGGUCUCCUUGAAAAGAUGAAAUUCAGUGCGCUGGAGCUACAGGAGUACCUGGACACCUACAACACCAGAGAGGACGCCGCCGUAUCGUGGCUGAGGAACUGUAAGGACACAUUUCCCAGGUGCCCCGGUGACAGUGUAGUUACCUGCCAGCCUGGAGACUCAGAGGAGAAGCAACUGGAGCUUUGUCAGAGGCUUUACAAGCUGCAUUUUCAGCUUCUCCUACUGUUCCAGUCCUACUGCUCGCUCAUUGGUCAAGUUCAUGCCAUCAGCUCUGUGCCUGAGCUUCUGAACAUGUCUCGAGAGCUCACUGAUCUGAGGACCAGCCUGCAGGCAGCAGAGGCGGCUGUGGCCAGCGACCUGGAACACAAACACUUGGCCCACACUCACGCACAUGCCACCCAGGUGGCAGCCAUGGUCGUGCCCAGCUUCCCCACCUCGGAGGCAGCUGUGCAGGCCAUACUGGAGUGCCUUAAGAACCACGAGUUCACCAAAGCUGUGCGCUACAUCCAGGAGUGCAGGAGGCAGUGGCCCAACGGCGUGUUCGGUGGCACAUCAGAGAGCGAGGUCCAAACGCUGCUCAAUGUCUACUUUCGCCACCAGACACUGGGCCAGACGGGCACCAUUGCCCUGGUUGGCUCCCGCCAGGACCUCACCCUGAUCUGCUCCAAGCUGCUGGAGCUCAACGGGGAGAUCCGCGACAUGAUCCGCCGCGCCCAGGGUUACCGGGUCGUCACAACCUACCUCCCCGACUCCAGCGCCUCCGGGACCAGCCUCUGACAGGAGCUCAGGAGCCCCCCACCCCCUCCCUCCCCACCCUUAACUCCCCCGUCACUGCAGCCAUUGACCCUUCCAAAGCCAUCUCCACAUCCGCUCUCAUCUCAGCCUGCUCUUACAGAGGAGGCCCAGCACCCACACACCUGGCCCCUGCCUCCUCCUGUGUUUCUGCUGCCCCGGCUGUACAGCUCCAGACAGCUACCUGCCUACCGCCCUGCCCAGCACCAGCACCAGAACCAGAACCAUAUUUAGACCCAGACCCUUCUCUGCUCUCCUCAUCCACAUCCAUUGUAGACUCUGAUAUCUCUUUAUUUGAUUUUCCCAAACCCCCAGACCUGUUCUCAUCGCACAGCUGCUCAAGCACACCAGGCCAACCAGAUUUUACACUGCCGCACACACAAGAGCCAAGGAGGAGUGACCUCGAUGAGAACACUAACAUUUAUUAUCCUUUCAGAGGUCAUUCAUCACACAGUUCACCACUGCUACAUGUGCACAGCAGCAAACACCUGAUACCAUCUCAUACAUCUAACAUGCUCCCAACUGUGGCCUCAGAGCCCACCUUGCUCACACACUCACACGCAUCUACCAUCCCCCCUCGGGGAUCACAUCUCCCCCAUUUCCCCCGCUCCCCAUACAAACACUCACACCCAUCCUCGGUUGCACACCCAGGCCAUGACACAGUGUUAACCCGUGGCCCUGCUCCAUCUUCAUCCCUCCUCCCUCCCCCACCCCCCCCUCCCUGUCCCACCGGCCCAGGAGAGGCUGCAGCAUGGGGUUGUUGUUGCUCCCUCGGUGGAGCUGCUGCGCCCUUAUCUCGCUACCUGGGAAAGGUGGGGCACGCCGCCCUGCCCCUACUGAAAGUAGGGGGGCUCCUGAAUGCUGAACCAUCAGACGUCCAGACCUGAGACUUUAACGUACUGUGCCAGAGGACCUAAAGAGCUACUAUGAACCUACUAUGCCUGAAACCAACUAUUCCUGAGCAACGCUAAGAUCUUUGCUUCUGAAAAGGAGAUGACACAUACCAGAGAUACUUGCAGAUGUUAAACUUAAAGAACACUGAAUCAUGUCCCACACAUAAUGGGAAGCAUUGCUGAACCCAUCAGAUACUACAGACUGCUGCCUGCUGAUAAAGAUGACCUGAUGUGAUUCUAUCUGAGCGCUAACUUCGCUUUACGGCCACUUGUUGUAAAAUUGAUGUGCUCUAAGUUUAAGUCCUGCUUGAUGGUCAUCGUUCAGCACUAAAUCUAUUCUGCACCCGAGGACCUGUGAAGGCUCUUAGCUUGGAUUUUUAACUCGCUUCCCAGAGGAACUCAAGACCUGAUUGAACUUGAUUGACUGUUGCUGCCUCCUUCAAGAAGGACAUAGUCUGCUGGUAGUAUCACCAGAGACAGUGAGGAAACUACCUGUGACACUACGUAACAUCACUGGUAGUUUUCGCUAUUGCACUAAACGGAGUUUUGGUAUUAGUUUUUAAAAAGAUGUGACAGAAAGGAGGUGACGUUACUGUUUGUUACUGUGAGAGAAAAGGCUGUCACUUUCGCUGAGAAGGAAAAGCCAAACGCUGGAUUAACUUUCUCUCCUGUUGUGUCUACUGUUUUUAGAUCUCCUUUGGAGGAAAUUGUGCAAUGCAUGACCCAGUUGAAUGCUCUCUACUGUACUAGUGUCCCUUUUUGCUCCCUAAAAGUCUGACCUCUCCAGACUGACUGAAAGACUGACAAAGAGCGGAUGCAGAAUAUUCAAGCGUAAUUCCUCAUGCUGCCCUCGCUCUGUUUAUAUUCUGUAUCAGUGAACCAGCUUGUCUCCUGACUACUGUUGUAAACAUAGGUAGACUAAUCAUGCCAUUAGCCGUGCACUCCUCCGUGGCGAGUUGUAGCAUCAUUAGUGAGUGUACGCACUGUAUAUUUCUCACUGUCCUACACUGUAACACGUUGACCUUAUGUGUUCACAUGCCAAGAGGACGGUGCAUGUACACACUCAAAUAUUUUGUCUUUGUCUGUAUACUGUUAAUAGUUAGGGGCACACAACCGUUGUAGCAUAUGUUUGUGUGUGGUUUGUAGUUACCUUACACGUUAAGGGAAAUGCUGACAUUCAGCACUCAUUGUGGACGUUCAAAACAAAACCUGUGCUACUACUGAACACUUCUGUCGUCGGCCCUUUUUGUGACUCCCUCGUUUCGCCCUCUAUUUGCUGUACAAAUAUCCCUUUCCUAUUUAUAUCUGAUCAGCUAUAAAUCAACACUCAUUUGACUUAGGUUUUAUAUCGAUGUUUGUUCUCUCAAAUCAAACUGCCAUGCAUGCAUCUUCUGUGUACUGUACGGAGUGUUUGAAAUAUUUAUUAUCAAAAAUCAUAUUUUAUCUGAAAGAUAUGUUUGUAUGAGGUACAAAAGGGAGCUUUAAGCUCAUGCGGGUAUGGUUUUUUUUUUGUCUUUCCUGUGUGUGGGAGAACGUGUGUGUGCAUGCAUGCCAAACAAGAAAUUGCACAUUUUUAAAGCUUUUUAGAUGAAGACUGUAGUUGUUUUUUUCCACCUUGUAAAUAAUUUUACAGCCUUUGUGAAGUUGUUUUGAGUUGAUGCUCUGUACCAGUCGGUGUCAAAGUAAAAGACAUAUCAAAAUAA